UAUUUCACAAUUUACUGAAAACACCGAUUCGUUCUACAUAUUUAUCUUACGUAAUUAAAACAAAUAUUUGUUAUUGAUAACAAUUGACAACUAUGGCUGAAGGAUACACAGUUAAUCAAUCUUUUGAUUCUGAUGAUGAAGAUAAUACGCAUUUCCAAUCUUCUGGUCGAGAUGCAUGCAUUAUUGUAAUCGAUUGCUCAUCAUCAAUGUUUACAGAAUUUGAAAGAGACGAGAAAACUUUAAGCUCAUUCACAAUAUGUUUAAAUGUAUUCGAAAGAUUGAUGCUUAAUAAAAUCAUUAAUAAUAACAAGGAUCUGAUCGGUGCCAUUUUAUACAACACUAAAAAUUCUCCAGAUCCUGGUGACAAUAUGCAUAAUGACAAUUCAUUAGUUGUACCAAAAAACUGUGCAGUGUUAAUGCCACUCAAUCAAAUUGAACCAGAAAAUAUCCGUUUUAUUAAAAAUUUAUUGGCUUCUGAUGAUUUUCUUGAUUUCGACAAUAAAUUUGGUCAUUCCACAGAUGCAAAGAUCGCAGAUGUUUUAUGGCUAUGCUCUUCUAUAUUUUCGAGUUGUGGAAAGCAAAUUAAGGUUCCUCAGAUAAUGUGGUUCACUGAUCAAGAUUCGCCUCAUCAAGUUGGCUCCAGUGAUCAUCAGCAAUCAUUCCAAAGGGCAAAAGACCUUCAACAAUUUCAACUUGAUUUGCAAUUCUAUCCAAUGAAAGACAGUUUUGAUGGAGGUUUAUUCUAUAAAGAAUUACUGUGUCAGAUUUUGGGUAUUGAAAUGGAAGAGUUUGAAUUUCCUACCACACAACUUGAUGAAAAACUUUUGAUUCAACGAAUGUUUCGUCGAGCACAUAAUAAAAGAGCGAUCGCUCAUCUCUUAGUGGAAAUAUCGUCCAAUGCUAAAUUUGGUGUUGGUAUUUAUAGUCUCACUCGAACGUCUCAAAUUCCUAAAUCAACAGUAAUAUCGCGACAUUCACGUGAACUGAUUGAGACCAAGAGAAGUUAUAAAUAUGGAGUAAUUCCUGAAGAUGCUGUAGAUGUUGAUAAUCUUCAUUAUGAUUUGGAUUACACAGAAAAAUUAGAACCGGGAAUGAUGGUUAAAUAUCAGCAAUGUGGAGGUGAAAAGAUUAAAUUUACUCACUUGGAAGCGUAUGAGAUCAAACAAGUAAUGGACCCAAAGAUUAAAAUUCUUGGAUUUAAGCCCUCAAGUGUUUUAAGCGAUUACCAUCACAUUAAGGGGUCGUAUUUCAUUUAUCCAAAUGACAAUAAAAUCAAGCACUCUGCAACCCUAUUCAGAGCACUUUGGGAGCGAUGCUUAGUUGAUGAUAAAGUCAUAAUUUGUAUUUUUACAAUGAGAUUGAAGUCAUACCCCCGAUUGGUUGCCUUAGUUCCACAAGAGCAAAAAGUUGGUAUUGAUAGUGAAGUUUUAAGAUAUGAGGGAUUUCGUUUGGACUUUAUUCCUUUUGCUGGCGAUAUUCGGGAUUUGUCUGAAGUCUUAACAGGAAAAAAUUUAAUUGAUUCCAAUACAACUACUGUUAUGAAGAAAAUGCUUUCUCGUCUACGUUUACAUUAUGCACCAACAAUGUUUAACAAUCCAACUGUUACAAACAUUUACAGAAAAAUUGAAGAAUCUUACUUUGAAGAUGAAAACAAGACCGAAGAUGACAUUUUUGAGGAUCCAAUGGUACCGAAUUUAGAUGCUCAAGAUAAUCGAAUCGAAGAACAUAUUCAAUGUCUUUCUGAGCAACUGGGACGUUUAGAGGAUGAAGAUGUUAAAGCAGCUAAACGCAAAAAUACGGAUAUCAUUGAAGGAGGCCCUCGUAAAAAAAUUACUGCUGAUGAUAUAAACAUCGAACUUGUGCUUGAAAAAUGUAAGGAAGGAAGAGUCAAAGAACUUACUGUCUCAAUUCUUAAAAGUUAUUUGGAAUUGAAAGGCGUUUCAGGAUUAUCUAAACUCACCAAAUCACAAUUAAUUGAAAACGUUUUGAAAUUGUCAAAAUCUUAAAGGUUUCUCUAUACUAAGUUAAACCUUUUUGUAUUUCUUUGUAUUUCUAAUAAUUUAAAUGUUAAGUUUUUAACGUUUUAUUACUUUUCAAAUUCUAUUUCUCAAAGAACUCUCCAAACAUAAAAUUCUAAAGCGAAUAAACUCUCCGCCUUUGUUUACAUUUUGUGUUUAGAAAAAAACAAGUUGUCGGGUCUUACGUGUUUAAAAUUUUUAUAAUUUAAGCAUUACAAUUGAAUCUCA